AUGGAUAACUAUGUAAAAGUAGAAAAGAUUGGUGAAGGAACCUACGGUGUUGUUUAUAAAGCGAAACACAAGUCUUCGGGACGCAUCGUCGCUAUGAAAAAAAUACGCCUGGAAGACGAGUCCGAAGGAGUUCCGAGUACAGCUAUUCGGGAAAUUUCAUUACUAAAGGAGGUGAACGAUGAAAGUAAUCGCUCAAAUUGUGUUCGUCUUUUAGACAUCUUGCAUGCUGAAUCCAAACUAUACUUGGUAUUCGAGUUUUUAGAUAUGGAUUUGAAAAAGUACAUGGAUAGGAUAUCAGAAACCGGAGCAUCUGCACUAGACCCAAGACUAGUUCAAAAAUUUGCAUAUCAAUUAGUGAACGGUGUCAACUUUUGUCAUUCCCGGAGAAUCAUUCAUCGAGAUUUGAAGCCUCAGAAUCUAUUAAUUGACAAAGAAGGAAAUCUCAAAUUAGCGGAUUUUGGUCUUGCUAGGUCUUUUGGUGUACCUUUACGUAACUAUACACAUGAGAUUGUUACAUUGUGGUAUCGAGCUCCAGAAGUUCUUUUAGGAUCUCGACAUUACUCCACCGGUGUUGACAUAUGGAGUGUUGGUUGCAUAUUUGCUGAAAUGAUCCGCCGUACACCAUUGUUUCCGGGUGACUCUGAAAUUGAUGAGAUUUUUAAAAUCUUCCAGGUCUUGGGAACUCCAAACGAAGAAGUGUGGCCGGGCGUUACGCUUUUACAGGAUUACAAAUCUACCUUUCCUCGUUGGAAGCGCGUAGAUCUUCAUAGAGUUAUACCUAACGGCGAAGAAACUGCAAUCGAGUUGCUUUCGGCUAUGCUUGUUUACGAUCCGGCCCAUCGAAUCAGUGCUAAGAGAGCUCUGCAGCAGCCAUAUUUACGAGAAUAUGGAGAGACUUUUGUGUGA